AGCAGGCCCGGCGCGGAGAGCACAGCCACCUCCUCCUCGCCUCCCCAAACUCCCAGCCCAGGCGCGCGGUGGCGUCCUCGCGCCCUCGCUCGCGCCCCCGCCCGCCGGCCGCGCAAGCCAGGCAUGAAUGCUGAGACUUGCGUCUCUUACUGCGAGUCGCCGGCCGCUGCCAUGGACGCCUACUACAGCCCAGUGUCGCAGAGUCGGGAGGGCUCUUCGCCUUUUAGGGCAUUUCCCGGAGGCGACAAGUUCGGCACAACUUUCCUGUCGGCCGCUGCCAAAGGACAGGGAUUUGGGGAGGCCAAGAGCCGGGCCCGUUACGGCGCAGGGCAGCAGGACCUGGCGGCACCCCUGGAGGGUGGUGCCGGGGCGCGGGGCCCCUUUACCAAGUUCCAGCCCCAGCCGUCGACCCCGCAGCCCCAGCCGCCGCCGCAGCCGCAGCCGUCCACGCAACCGCAUCUUUACUUGCAGCGAGGCGCCUGCAAGACGCCCCCGGACGGCAGCCUCAAACUCCAGGAAGGUAGCAGCGGCCACAACGCGGCCUUGCAGGUUCCCUGCUACGCUAAAGAGAGCUCCCUGGGUGAGCCAGAGUUACCCCCCGACUCUGACACCGUGGGGAUGGACAGCAGCUACCUGAGUGUCAAAGAGGCUGGGGUGAAGGGGCCCCAGGACCGGGCCAGCUCAGACCUCCCCAGCCCACUGGAGAAGGCCGACUCAGAGAGCAACAAGGGCAAGAAGCGGCGGAACCGCACCACCUUCACCAGCUACCAGCUGGAGGAGCUGGAGAAGGUCUUCCAGAAGACCCACUACCCAGAUGUGUAUGCACGGGAACAGCUGGCCAUGAGGACAGACCUCACCGAGGCCCGCGUGCAGGUCUGGUUCCAGAACCGCAGGGCCAAGUGGAGGAAGCGGGAGCGUUUUGGGCAGAUGCAGCAGGUUCGAACCCACUUCUCCACGGCCUAUGAGCUGCCCCUCCUCACCCGAGCAGAGAACUACGCCCAGAUUCAGAACCCGUCCUGGAUCGGCAACAAUGGGGCUGCCUCGCCGGUGCCAGCCUGCGUGGUCCCCUGCGACCCAGUGCCUGCCUGCAUGUCCCCUCACGCCCACCCCCCUGGCUCUGGGGCCAGCAGCGUCACCGACUUCCUGAGUGUGUCUGGGGCUGGCAGUCACGUGGGCCAGACGCACAUGGGCAGCCUGUUCGGAGCAGCUGGCCUCAGCCCAGGCCUCAAUGGCUACGAGCUCAAUGGCGAGCCGGACCGCAAGACCUCGAGCAUCGCGGCCCUCCGCAUGAAGGCCAAGGAGCACAGUGCGGCCAUCUCCUGGGCCACAUGACAGGGCACCCCCGCCCCGUCCCCACCUUGGGACACCGUGGGCCAUGCCCAUGCCUUCCAGGCCCCCAGCCUCCCACUCGACUUUCCUCUUAGGAACCUGGCCUGGGCCAGGGGCCUGACCCUCAGCACUUUCAACCACCCCAAGUCUGAGGCCCCGUGGACUGCUGGGAGGGAGGGGGCAGCAGGCCCCUGCCCCUCCCUGGCACUGAGGCCCUGACCCCUGCUCCCAGCCACAGGCAGUGUAGAGAGAGCCAGGUGGCCACGUUUCUCAGCUUCGCAUCCAUGAUAAGCUGAAGGCGCUCUCUCCCUCCUGCCUGCUCCUCCGCCCUGCCUAGUUGACCAUGAGUCAAAGCUAGUUUCCAUGCAGACCCAGCAGCCUCACCAACCCAGUGUUGUCCAUCCUUGCCCUCCCUGUGGGGUCCCCCGGUCACCAGGCCGGGGACUGUGUGUCUGAAGAACAGGCUGCCCUGCAGAACUGGCCUCCUGCCCUCCCAACUUUCCCUCCCUGAGAGCACAUGGGAAGCCGACCAAGUGGGGCCAAGGCACCAGCCUCCCCUGCCCCACGAACAGCGACAAGUCUCACGGAGCUGGCUGUCCUCUGGGCUGGACACACCUGGAGACAGUGGGCAGAGGAGAACAGGAGCUGGAGCCAAGGACCCCUGCUGCCAUCCAGCAAUGCCACUCCCCAGGGGAGACGUGGGCUAGCCCCUCACACCCCAGAGCCCCUGGCUCCGGGUAGACACUAUAGGGGAGGAGCCGGACCUGGGGGAGGCUGGGAACACAUUUGCCACUAGGGCUCCCACGGUGCUAGAAGAAGGGAAGCUCCUGGGAGGGGGAGGCAACUGGGUGGGGCAGGGCCCGGGCCUGGCCUCCAGUGCAGUGGGGAGGUCUGGGCAGCUUUGUUCUCCAUCCAGAGCGCAGUCAGGGUCCCUCCAGGAGGAUGCGGAGCGGCUUGUCCUUCCCUGCCCUGCUGUGGCCCCUCCCUGGCGCUGCUCAGCAGUGUCCGGGCGUGGAAGGACUCACAACUCGGAACACGUCGCUAGGGCUGGGGGGCGGGCAGCAGAAGGUCCAGAGCCGCGUGCAGGCUUUGGUAGAGGACGUGUGGCCAUGCUCAGCCUCCAGGUCCUGCCACAGCCUCAGACUGACUGUCCUCCCUGCCAUCUCUGUCACAGCGUCUUCACUGCCCAGAGCCGUCCACAGCAGAUGGGGGCUCUGUGUCCCUCCAGGCACUGGGGAGGGUGCUAUUCUUCUCCACACAGCUUUCUGCAUUCUCUCGAGAGCCUGCCCUUCCACUUCUUCCAUGUGGACCCGGACUCUCCGCCCUCUCUGCAGCCUGCGGAAGGGCUCCUGGCCUGGGCUCCUCGACAUGGCUUGCUAUGGCAGGUGGGGGUGGCAGGAGGCCCUCCUAAAACCAGGCUUACUCCGUACCUGCCUGCCUGACCCUGCAGCUUGGGUCUGGCCCUGGGCCCCAGCCCUCACCUCAGCUGGGACUACACAGUAACCGUCCUGCGGCAGGCCUGUCAGACCCCAGGGGUCCCUCCAGCAGGCAGGCCCCCCGCAUUGAAGCGCUCACCUUUUCUACCUUCUCCCUAGAUUCCUGUCAUGGAGUUGGGCCAGGCCCACUAGGCACAGGGUCACAGACACAGAAUGGCCUCCUGGGUUGGGCUGAGGGUAAACCUGGCAUUGUGGAGUGAGGGUCUCGGGUUGGGGUGACAGCUUCCCGCCUACCUGGUGUUCUCAUCUGCUCUGGAAACCAGGCUGAGGAAGAGUCUGGCUGUGGCCUCCUUUAAUAAGAGUCAGACCUCUUUGUGAACCGUAGCUCUAAAAUUGAUGUUUUAGAGGCGAAAGGUCUUUGACUUUGAAUUAAAUGUUCUUGGAGGCUUUGCUUUAAGUUGUUUCAAAUAUUUGAGGACCUUGGAGUGACUUUCAGGAAGGUUUUUGUAGUUCUGAGCUUUGCUGGAAUAACCGACUUCCCCAAAAUCUAGCCAGGGAAGAAAGCACUUAAGGCUGGGAAGAGUUCCCCCAUUUCUCCCCUAUUUUCUUCUGAAAUGCUUAUGGCUGAGGAAGGAUGGGGGAGGAAGGAACUUUCACCCCGGGUCUUUCUCCCCAUGAGAGAAUCAGAACAAAGGAGGAGAGCCAGGCAGCUCCAGAGUGGGCGGGGAGGGAGAGCAAGGACUUUAAAGGGGCUCUUCUGGAGGGGCCCCCGGGGCCCAGUUCCUCCAUGCAUCUGCUCUCUGGCUGGGCUAGACCUAAGCCAGGCAAAUUUCAACCCAAAAACUUGAGAAGAAAAAGCAUCUAUUAAAAGGCUCUGUGGCUAUGGUUGCCUGUCCCAACACACCCAGGAAGGGUCUAGGAUCAAACAUGCCAGUGUGAAAUGUUCCUGUUCAUCUCUCCAAAGGUAGCCACGCACCCCAAUCCUGUCCUCCGUGGCUUGACCCAGCCCUCGAGGGCCACCUAACCGCAUGAAGUAUGACAGGACCACCUAGUUGGGAGGAAGCUUAGAAACCCUCUAGUUAGGCCAGCCCCUUCGCAACAGAGAAGACCCUGGCCCCGAGUGGAGAAGUGACUGCCCUGACCUGCAUUUGCCCUGAGACAAAGCUGAGAGAGGAACCUGGGAUGUGCCACCCAGAGUGUAAGGGCCGGGCCUCGGGGGCCUCGGGGGUGGCCGGUGCUGCACGGAGCUCCCAAUGUCUCGUGGGCGUCCACUCAGCAGCUCGGUUCUCCAGAAGAUAACCUUGGGGCCCGUUCCCUUCCCAGAUGGGUUGCUGGGCCUGGCUUUCUGCACUACAGAACAGAGAGCCUCUGCCGUGUCAGCUCCUAGGAUGACUGAGCAAGUUGGGGCAGCUGCCCAAGACCGUCUGGAGCUAGAGCUCAUGAAGGCAGGUGGAGACAAGCAUCUACCUGCCACGUGGUUUCAUUGCUAAGCAAAAAAGCUAAGAAAGAUGAGGAUUUCCUUUGGUUAUCUGCCUAAGAUCUCAACAGAGAUGACAACUUAAAGAUGAAGUCGUGGGUGGCCGGCAGAUGGACGGGCAGCCUCCCCACACUGACCGCCUCCAGUCCUUGCUGGGCUUAGGUCUCAGCAUGGCAAGGUUCAACACUAAGGUGCUGCUACUGCCCUCCAGAUGCCAGCACCGCUCCCGGGGCGUGGGAGCAAGGGCUCUGGUGGGUACACCGAGAGGCUUGUCUCCAAGGCUGAAAUGGUGCUUGGCGGACAUGGGCUGUUAGAACUUUCCUUGAAUUCUUUUCACUAUACUUGAUUCUCAGUGCUCACUACCAUGCCUCCAGCUUUGGGAAGCACGGUGGCCAGGUUAGCUCAAAGAUGCUGCGAUGGGGUGGGUGCAGUAAGUGUGAAGUGGGUCCCCAGCACACACAGCUAUGACCACACUGGACCCAGCUCCCUGCCGCCUCCUGUCAUUUCAGCAGGGCCAACAAGAGGAACGUUUCCACGAAAACUCCACAUACCCUGCUUCUGCAGUCAUCCCCUCUCUGGGCUAGAUGGUGGGGAGACCAUCUUCAAGAACACGAAAGACAUGCGGGGGUUCCUGGUCUGUUUCGUGGCCCUGACGGUCAGGUGCAAAGGUGAACAGGCCUGGCUGGGGGAGGAUGGUUAGUAAACUGGCUCCCAGGAUAAUAGUCUGUGACUCUCCAGUUAAAAAAUCAGAAGGUGACAAAGACCCAUCAACCCCACUUCACUUCUUUCAGGAUGCUGUAGGGAGCAAAGGUGCUUCCACGACCCAGCCUCGGCCUCUCCUUUCUUCCCCCUUCACUCACACACAUAGAGCUAGGCCUUUAUACUACUGAUUUUGAAGGACAGUUUUCGGUGUCUAAUCAUCUGUUUGGGUGUGCAGUGGUUGAUAAAAGAGAGCUGAGUGCUAGAAGGAACAUGAACCUCAACCAAUACUUAAUGUUCACAUUGUAAGAUAUUUUAACCCUGUAUAAAUGCAACUUUUCCUUUAGCUUAAUGGCCUGGGGUGAACUAUUAAAAAUAUAUAUUAAAAAAUACAGUAAAAAUCCAGAAAAAUGUAAAAAAAAAAA